CUCUCUCUGGCUUGACGGCGUGCCACUCUCUUCGCCGGGGCGCGACAAACGACGGCGCGACUCCCACCGCACUGUCGGCUCCAACAAACGGCGAGCCACCGCGCCGCUUUGCCCACAAAACGACGCGCUAGCCGACGAAGCGGCACCUCUCUAUACCCCGCCAUUGUCUCGCGAAGGGGCCGCGAACCACAUGGACACGAGGACGGCGGCAGGGACGGACCCGGACAGAGGAGCGGGCGCAGGGGGGAGGCAGACGCCCGAGGCGAGGCGACAUAGCGGCUCCCGCGGCGACAUGGACGCGACGCCUAGGCCAGGCAGGAUUGUGCCGCGUCAUGCGAUCCGCGACUUCCAAAGUGAAACCGACAGCCAGAGCCGGAGCUCCAGCCGCACACGGACCUCGAGCCAGCCAUCUACGCGCAAGAGAAGGAGGCAGCUCGAGAUUGCCGAUGAGCCGAUUGAUAUCUUUACCUUUGCCAGCACUUCCUGCCAGGACCAGGAUGAUUUCGCAUUGCCUUUGCCGCUGCAGGAGCUCUUGAGAGACUUCGGGACAGUCCGUAACGGCGCCAUCCCUUUCGUCUCGCAAUCUCGCAAAUCGGAGCUCGGCGCCCUCGGCUUUGGGGACAGCGCCUACUUCGAGGAGCAGUCUUGCCAGGGCGGGCAAGGGCCCAAAGAAAUCAGCGAGAACCUCGAGUCCCCAAGCCUGCAAUGCGUCCGCGAAAUUUUGGACGCGGCGGCCGAGUGCCAUGAGGAGUGGUAUGACGAGGCUGGUUGGAACGCCGCUGUGCACUUCCCGCUGCUGAGGUUGGCGAUACCUAGGCACAGCCAAAUCAACGUCACGCCAUGCACCUCAGCCCGGAUCCAGAGGGACUACCUCCCUACCGGCUCGAAAAACGGGCACAUGGUUGACUUCUGCCUCAGCAUCGACCCCAAGUGGCCCAAAGGACGCAUGGCCACCACCCCCGCCCUGCAGGCUAUCAAUGGCGCUAGCAGACAUCUGCCGGGUUCUUCCAUCAACCACACCGACUUCCGCCCGCUGAGGCAGAAGCCAAUCGCUGUCAGCAUCGAGACUAAGUGUCUUGGAGGGUCCGUCAAAACCGCCGAGGUUCAGCUAGGCGUGUGGCAGGCCGCGCAGUGGAAGAUGCUCGACACAUUAACCGAGGUCAACACUGAGCGCGACCCGCCCGAGUCCAUAUCACCACCCCCACCCAGACCCGAAUUUCUGCCUGCAAUUCAUAUUGUCGGACACGAGUGGAAAUUUGCGGCCGCGAUAAAGCAGGGCAAUAAAACCAUUCUACUCACCGAAUGCUCUCUCGGAAGCACCAAUACGGUUUGGGAUAUUUACAAAAUUAUUUGGGCAGUCCGUCGCCUUGCCCGCUAUAGUGUCGAGCAAUACUGGUUUUGGUUCCUUUCUCGCAUUAGUUAG